AUGGCGACUCUGCCGCCCAACUCUCUGCUUGUCCGAUCCCGGCAAACGCGUUCGGGGACAACAACCAAGCCGUCGACCGCACCCAUCGCACCCUCAAUAGCUUCGAAUCCUGUCUCGACUACGCACGUGUCACUGUUUCUCACCAACCUUCGCCUUCUCGAUUUCCCCUCGUACCCCGACUGGCCAGACUUCGAUGCGCAGACGUUCUCCGUUCAGAAGAAGCGCAUUCACUGCGUAGAAUGGACACUUUACCAGCUCUUUGUCCUCUGGGACCCAGAAGAGGCGCGGAAUCCCUUCUUCCCGCCCCGAGACCAUGUCCAAUCACUGAACUUGCGAGCCGCCCUGCUUCGAAGCCUCGACCAGGCAAAGAAGAAUGGAGUCCUCGGACGAGAUGCUGUCGUCCGCAAGACCAUGCUGGAUGAGUGCAAGGGGGAACGACUGGAAGAAGUUCUCGCCGUCCUUUCGUCCGCCGUUCUGAAAAAGAUUGUCGCCCAAGUCUCGGAGGCCGAACGCGAAUAUCCUGCGAUUGCCCAGCAGUUGGCGUUGGAAAAUCGUGGAUACAGCGCUGAGAGGACGGAGCUCAUAACGCUUGCUCUCGCCCAUCGAGCUUCAAUCACCAAUGCGGUGCGACGGAAGGACGAGGCGAGAAAGAAAUACCACGAACUAGCCGAGCUGCUGGACUUGAAAGAAAGAGGAAUCGCGCGAAGAAGAGAAGAGAUCAAGGCAGCCAGUGAGCUUUCAAAGCAUCGAGAUGUCCCAGACGACCUGAAAUUAGAUACCUGGAGAACGGUCCGGAACAAUUGGGCCGGAAACGAGCAGUGGAUGGAGACCCUUCUCUACGGAGAUUCGAAUGCGCGAAAGGAUGGAGUAUUAUCGGCGCCGUUCGACAGAGUCUGGAGACGUCUGCAGUCUGGUCGACUAUCCGACCUGGAAGACCAUGGGAAAGGCCUUUUGGAGCAGCUGGACGGCCGAGUAAGAACACAGCGAGAGAGGCUGGCUCAGUGGCAGCACUUUCAGGCGAAGAUGUUUGGCGAGAGGCGCAGCAUUGCUACAUCUCCAGCUUCACAGCCCAAAAGGCCGAAGCGUGGCAUCGAACUCGGAUUCGACAUUCACGAGAACCUCCAUUUGGGGCAGAUGAACCCUAAAAAGCAGCUUGCCAAGAGGAUCCCACUUCUUACAAGGGACUACACAAGCCUCCUGAAUGAUUGCGAGGCGGAGUUGGCUCAAGUGGGCUCGGCGCCCAUGAUCAAUCUCUCGGACAUGCUGGGACCACCGCGUACCCGCCAACCUGAAAAGCCGGAUGUUAAUGGUGGCACAAGGGAGAGUCUCGGAGAAGAAACUGUUUCGGAGCUCAGCGAGCUGGAGGAUGACUUUCAGGGUCUGAACACUGGACUGCGACGCCUUUCGCUCCACAAUGAUGCACCUCAGUCUGGUAGAUACGACGGUCGCCCGGUUCUCACGCUCUCCAACGAGAAGACAAGACCGGCUGACAUACCGCCCUCUUCACUCAGCCCACCACUACUACCCCCGGAUUCGCACACCGAGCUUUCUAUACCCCCGCCAACUCCUCCUCUCCCAGAGGAGGAGCAGGUCAUCGAUAAACCUCCCACUCGCCAUCCUAGCUCGUCCCCACCGGAAAGAGAACGAAAGGGCUUCAGUGUCACUUUUGAGAGGGAAGACAGCUCACCAGAACCGCCCAAGUCUCCCACACAGGAACUGGCAGACCAAAUCUUGGACGAUAUCGACAACGCGUCGCCGUCGCCCAUGAAACGAUCCAGGCCUCGGCAUACCUUGUCUCUUGCUGAGCGGACGAGGCUCUCCAUGGCACGAUCGUCACGGAGCGCCAGGUAUGAUCAGGACGAAGACGAUGACGAUGACACUUUGAGGCUGCAGCCCUCCCUAGACAGCGUCAAUCGACAAAUGGAGGAUCUUACGAUCAACGUCACCGACGAAGAUGAUCUAGUCUCUCGCACACGAAAGAGCAUGGCGGGCUUUGAAGCCGCUCGCCAAAAGGCCCAGCUAGACAGACAAAGGUCACUGAAAAAGUCGAGGACUCGGGCGCGGGCAGAAAGCCAGAUCUCCGUUGUUGAGGAAGAGACGCUGCAGUUGGAUCCAGACGCGUCCAUCCUUGCUGAAGAGCUGAUGACAGUUGAAGACAUGGAGGCGGUCUUCAGAAGCCGGCCACGGAUCAAGACUAGUCCGGCACCCUCACCCUCCAGGAAACCUCUCUAA